AUGCUCUCGAUAGAGCGAAUUCUGUCGCGGCCGGUCGCCAAACCAUAUCGAUCUGGAAAACUCGACCCUUCUAUUGCGCCGUAUCUCAAUGAAAAUGGCCAUGUCGAUUUCGCUCCCGACGACGUCGAAAACCCCAAACAAUGGUCCGUCGCACGACGAUGGUACAUCACCGUGGUGGCCGUCUUGAUGGUGGUCAACGCCACUUUCGCGUCGUCCAGUCCGUCAGGUUCUCUUGAAGGGAUCUCGGAGCAUUUUGGCGUCUCGAUGGAAGCGGCCGGCCUUGUCAUCACCUUGUUCCUGCUUGGCUAUUGUGCAGGGCCCCUGGUCUUCGCACCCCUCUCGGAAUUUUAUGGCCGACGAGUGGUGUUCCUGGCCACCUUUACGUGCUACAAUGCAUUUAACUUCCUCUGCGCAUUCGCUCCCAACUUUGGAUCGCUUCUCGUCGGUCGCCUCCUGUGCGGCACGUUUGCGAGUGCACCGAUGACGAACGCGCCGGGAGUCGUGGCCGACAUUUGGGGUCCGAUCGAGCGAGGCAACGCGAUGGCAGUGUUCUCGAUAAUGACUUUUGUUGGGCCGUCGUUGGGUCCCGUCGUCAGUGGGUUUCUCGAGCUCACGAAAGACUGGAGGUGGAACUUCUAUGUCUUGCUCUGGUUCGGCUGGGCCACCGAGCUUCUCAUAUUCACCAUCCCCGAGACACUACCGCCUGUGGUGUUGGUCAACAAAGCUCGAAGGAUCCGCGCCACAGGCAUUCCAGAUUAUGCGCACCACAAAGCACCCGUAGAGGCAGACGACAGGGACCUCAAAACGCUGUUCAAAAUCGCCCUCAUCCGCCCGUGGCAGAUUCUCUUCGAUCCGAUUUCGUUCCUGGUGGCCAUCUACCUCUCCAUCGUCUACCUUUUACUGUAUAUGCUGUUCACCAUCUACCCCAUUGUCUUCGAGCAGAAGCGAGGCUGGAAUUCUGGAGUGGGUGAACUCCCCCUUAUUGGCAACAUAAUCGGGUCUUCGUUUGGCGGCGCUUUGAUCUUCUACAUCUCGGCUCGCGACAAGAAGAAGCUGCUAGCGGGUAUUCCUCGCCAACCAGAGGAUCGUCUCCCCGUCGCCAUGUUUGGCGGCAUCGGGUUUGCAAUCACCAUGUUCUGGUUCGGUUGGACAGGUCAAUACAACAGCAUCCAUUGGAUCGUGCCUACCAUCGCCGGCGCCUGCUUAGGCUGCAUGAUCAUGUUGAUCUUUGUGGGUUACAUCAACUACCUCACCGACACUUACCUCAUGUACACCGCGAGUGCCAUGGCGGCCAACACCAUCUGUCGAUCUGCAUGCGGUUCCGCAGCGCCGCUGUUCACGCAGUACAUGUUCAACGCGCUUGAUGUAGGCCCUGGAGCGUCUUUGAUCGGAGGUGUGGCCUGUCUUUUGGCACCUAUCCCUUUUAUAUUCUACAAGUACGGAAGACUGAUUCGGGAAAGGAGCAAGUUUGCUCCGACUCCGUUACGAAGGCCCAACGACGAGGAAAAACAGGACGACGUCGAUGUUACACAGGACACGACGCCGAAUUCGAGUUCAUCCGUCAGUAUCGACAGCGGCAGCGGUUCCAGUGUCGAAGCUCCUGGGCCUGAACGUGACCUGCGUCUGGAUGCCGCUGACGAGAAGGCAACACAAGGGACGACAAAUAGUGAGUUACCGACAAACGAGCGCUGA